CACAGGGGGAGACAGUGACAACAUCAGGCAUGUCCAGCACCAGCUCCAUUGUGGACCGAUACCCAAGAAGUCGGAGUGGUAAAUGGCUGCCAACCAUCAAAAGGCAUUCCUGUAUACGGUCUUGUUCAGACAUUGCACCCUACCGGAUUUAACAUAAAAACAUGGCUCAUCAGGAAGAGCAGGCAAACCCAAGACGCCGAGAGGGGAGAGUUUAAAAGGAUCAAUAGUGGAAUAUAAACAAUUGACGUGAGGGUUCUAAAGGUGAUAAAGCAGAAGCAAAAUCGUGACGGCUCUCUGAAAGUCGGCGUCUCACACAAUUCAAACUCUCUCAACCUGUGUCGAUUCACCUGCACGAGUAUGGAGAAAUCACAGCCCCUGGCUAAUGUGUGGGAAGUCCAAGUUUCUGGCUCGGCUUCGCUGAAGUCCGGCUAAGGGUUUGUCUGGAGUCUCUACACCGCAAACUUCGCAUCGGACGGGAUCUCUCAUCGACGCCGGGAAAAGGCCCGGGAAGCAGGCAAACGCAAUACCGCCUUCCCCGACGCUGGGAGACGCUGGGAGAGGGCUCCGGGUAAAGACGCUCGCACCAGCACACCCGAUGCGGCCCAGCCCGACGGGUAGGCUGCCCGCUUCCUCUCACCCAAGUCAACGACCCCAUCGGAGCCCGGAAGAAGGGUCCCCCGCCCGCCCCAACGUCCCUCCCUGCCCCCAGGCGGAACGGGAAGCUGUCCUUCCCUCCACCGCGGGACUGCUCACGCCGCGGGGUGGAGGACAGGCGGGAGGAAGGCAGGGGGAGCGCCGCCCCUCACCCGUGCCGCCCACGGUGCGGGCGCUGCCGUUGCGGGGCCCGGAGAGUCAGAGGCGCUCUCACGCCCGGCCGCCUCGGGGAAGCGCCGAGGUGUCCGCGCGCCUGCGCACCAGGGCCCGAGGGCGGGAGGUGUGCGACCGGCGCAGCGUUCCAGCCCCGAGGGCGCGCGGCUGCGGGGCGGUUGGGCCGGGCCGGCCGCCCAGGGGUCCCACGCUACGCUCUCGGCCAGCGUCGGUUCCCUCGGGGGUAUCGCCGGCGCCUACCUCGUCCAGGGUGGCAGGGAGACGCGAGGUGGUGCCGCGGCUCGACGACCUCUCCGACCAGAUCCCUGGCCCGGCAGGGGCAAGUGCAGCGGGCCGUCCCGCCCUAGGGACAGGCAGAUGGGAGGAGGUAACACACAAAAUAGCAUCUUCAGGGUCACACAAGUCACCAGAAAUAGGAAAUGAAUCAUCUGCAAUAGGAACAAGUUCUAGAAUUGGAAGUAUAAUGGAACCAAAGAUGCUCAUGAUCACUUUUCCAGGCGAAGAAGGUGAGCACACAGAUGUUCCAGGCGGUCACCAAAUUCUGUUGAUUCUCCACCUGAGAAGCAGCUCCUGCCUCCUGGCCAUCCCAGAGCAGCCCGGGUCCAGCUCUCAACAGCACCACUUUUCUAGACGUCUGCUAUGCCCACCUGGUUGGCCUCUCUGCCGUCUACAAAUUGAGAAAGUCAAAUUUAAGCCCCUCUAGUCUCCUCCAGCUCUAAAACGUGACCUAACUUAGAAUAUAUGGAAGAAAGACUGGAGUGGUUCUUUCAGAACCAUGUGAGUUCCUUCGGGUCUGCUUUCUUUAAUAAGGUUUUUGACAGGAAAACCCGUGUAAACUUAAUAUUGAAAAAUAAAAUAAACGAAAAUUAUUUCUGCCAUCAUGAUCUGUGGUAUUGGAGCAGAAUCCUCAAUCUUGAGUUUGAAGUGUUACCCAUUCAUUGAGCAAGGAAUGAUUAAUAGAGAGUAAAAGAGAAAUAAAUCUAUUCAAUACUUAAAGUUCCCCAGAAGUGAGUGGUGCAGCUCCCCGUUUGCUGCUGGAUGCAGCAUGGCCAAAGAACCUGGAGAAGUGGCAGUCCUACCUUCAAGGAAGCAUGGGAACAGAGCCUAGCAAAGGACAAAAGCAGCCCUAAAAGACCAAAAAAAAAAAAAAAAAAAA